CAGACUGCUAGAACUGAUGAAACAGUUUCGGGAGGUGUGGACUCAAAGAGCCAAUCCAGACCUGGGCCUGUCUGAUUCAGUACAAAGGCUACGCAGCCUGUUCAAGGUGCUCCUGCCUAACACUGACCAUUCAAGUCUCCUGAACUCUGAGGCUGACCACUGAUGGGUCGGACAAAAACUUUUUCAAUUGUGGAUGACAACAAUGAAAAGAAACGCUGGGAAGGUCAAUCCGUGUUGACUUUGUCACUGCAUGCAGCCUGAAAUCACCACUUACUUGUCUGUUUUAUGGGUAUAUGUGAAAUUUUAUAUUUUUUGUCAUGCUUUUGAUGUGAGGCUGUGCAGCUAUUGCUUCAUACUUUCUGUCUUUGUACGGAGGCUGCUGGCAGAAAAUGGGAGCUGUUCACUGCUCGAUUAGUGGGAAGUCGUUGAAACAAAUCUGGGUGUUUUUGAAUGAAGUCAUUAGCAAAAAGUCUGGUUGUUUUUUAUUGAAGUCAUUAAUGAAAAAUCUGGGUGUUUUUGAUUGAACAGUUUUAACAAAUGAUGUGCCUACAUAUGACUGCUGGUUGUGACAGCAUACCACUACUGUUGAUAAUGUUAUUUCGCUUGUUUUUUGUUGGACUUGGAAGGACGCGUGUGGGAGGGGGGCUGGCUAGAGGUGUUGGCAUGGUGUUAUGUUCAUGCUGUUUCACCACGCGGUACCAAGGAGGUACUGUCAAAAGAUGAUGGAUGUGUUGGAGGAAUACCACUAGCAUUUGUAGAACAUUUUGGAUUGUGUGCAGUUUGUAAAGUAGUUGUUGGCUUAUCAAGUAUCAAAUAGACUGAGUAUUUUACAGCUAUAUUGUCAGCUCUCUAAAUUCCUUUAAAGUAUGUCUGUUUUGUAACAGAAUAUUUGACAGUCUGUGAAAUAGAAAGAGUGAAUGGUUGGCAAGCGUUCUAGUGUGGUUUGCUCCUCCUUUCCUAUCAAAUAUCUAUCGUCUUUAUCGCUUCUCAUUCUUUUCCUUGCAUGUUACUCUAAUAAUACCUUUGUUUGACACUUAUGUGACCUAUUUGUGUCGCAAGUGCAGUAAAACUCUUUCUAAAUCUAAAACAGAAAGCACAAAGCAAAGUAUCAUGUUUGGAAGAGCUGUCAGGGAUAAUUGUGGGUGAACUUUUUUGUCGUUGUUGAAUAUGUUUUUGUUAUACUCAUAUGACUGUAUCAUAUGAAGUCUGAAAUUGUGUUUUAUGUGUCAGGUCUGAUUUACUUACUGUGACAACCUGGUACUGUUUCACGUUCUUCUGUCCAGCUGUAUUCUGUGCACCCAUGAAGCUUUGUCAGACUGAAGAAUAGAUAUUUUUCAAAUCUCUGCACUAGCGUUUUUAAGCGUAGUGUGAUUGAAGAUUUUAAGGCUCCCAACACCAUGGGUGUCCUUCCUUUAAAAAAGAAGAAA